AUGGAGCUCAAGAGUGAGGAUCUGACGAGGGAGAUCAAGGCUGGCUCGGAGGAGUUUGGGGAGAGGUUUGGGGGUGUGUUUGCGCUGAAGGCACCGUUUAAUGCGGACAAGUACAAGAAGUUUGGCCGGAGCAUGUUUUCGAACUUGAUUGGUGGGAUUGGGUAUUUCUAUGGGCAGGCAGUGGUGGACCGGUCUUAUGCGCCAGAGUAUGAUGAAGUUGAUGAGGGCUUCUGGGAGGAGGCUGCCGAGGCUAGGGCGAGACAUGCGGAAGCUUUGGAGGGGCCGCAUGAGCUUUUCACCAGUGUUCCUUCACGUCCAUUCUUCCCUCGCGGGUUCUUGUGGGAUGAGGGUUUUCACCUGCUGCCUAUUGCGGAUUGGGACACUGAUCUUGCUCUGGAGGUCAUCAAAAGCUGGUUUAACCUCAUUGAUGAAGACGGUUGGAUCGGGCGCGAGCAGAUCUUGGGCGCCGAGGCACGCAGCAAGGUCCCUCAGGAGUUCCAGACUCAAUACCCACACUAUGCCAACCCGCCUACUCUCUUCCUCGUUGUUGAGCAGUUUGUCGAAAGACUGCUGAACACCAACGGCACCGCGGCUGUCCACAAGGAACGCCUGUCUCAAAGUGAGUCUUUGGCCAACGCUUCGCUCGAGAACCCCGAGGUUGGCCUCGACUAUCUACGCAAGAUCUACCCGCUGCUCCGCCGCCAGUUCCAAUGGUUCAGAAAGACACAAAAGGGCGAUAUCAAGUCUUACGACAGAGAAGCAUACUCCACCAAGGAAGCUUACAGAUGGCGCGGCCGCACCACUACUCACUGCUUGACCAGCGGUCUGGAUGACUACCCGCGCCCUCAACCUCCGCAUCCUGGGGAGCUGCACGUUGACUUGAUGUCCUGGGUUGGUCUCAUGGCCAAGUCACUCUCCAACAUUGGCGAUGCUCUCGGCUUUGCGGAGGAUGUCAGUGAGUACAGGACCAUUUUGGACGCUAUUGAGCACAACCUUGUCGACCUGCACUGGUCCGAGACGGAUGGGUGCUUCUGCGAUGCCACGAUCGACGACUUUGAGGAGAACAAGCUCGUCUGCCACAAGGGCUACAUCUCUCUCUUCCCAUUCUUGACCGGCUUGAUGAAGCCUGACGACCCCAAGGUUGGCAGGAUUCUGGCCUUGAUUGGCGAUGAGGAGGAGCUCUGGACGCCCUAUGGAUUGCGCAGUCUCAGCAAGAAGGAUGCUCUCUAUGAGACGGCCGAGAACUACUGGCGGAGUCCCAUCUGGAUCAACAUCAACUACAUGGCUGUGAAGCAGCUUCACUACGUUGCGACACAAGAUGGGCCGCACAAGGAGGUCGCCAGAGACUUGUACUCGCGCCUGCGCAAGAACCUGGUUGAGACGAUUUACAAUGCCUGGGAGGAGACUGGGUUUGCCUGGGAGCAGUACAACCCCGACACUGGAAAGGGUCAGAGAACACAGCAUUUCACUGGCUGGACCAGCCUGGUGGUCAAGAUUAUGACCAUGGAGGACUUGGAGGGUGGUGCCAAGGCCACGGGGAGUGAGCACGGUCAUGAUGAGCUGUAG